UGGGCUUCUUUUGUUCGUUCAAGAUUCGUGUCUUUCGUCGGUUGAAGUGAAGUGGUUGGAGUCCUGAUUAGCAGAUGAUUUUUGGGUGCACUGUUUAUGUUAUGAUUGUAUUGCUGCGUGGCUUGUUAUUGAAUUUGGCAAUUGAACAGAAUUAAAUGCUCCAUAGUCGACUUGAAGCUUGCACAUUCAAUUCGCUGGGAAAGACUGGAAGUCCACUGGUGUUUCUUCCGUGGGAAUUUCUUCAGAUACAUUGGGGAAUAGUGGUUUGCAAAAUGUGAUUAGUUAUCUUAUGGAAUUGAUGCAAGUAUGCUUCACCUGGUUAGAGAAAUCAAUUUGCUCUAUUAAAGCAACGAGCAGCCCAAAGAGGAGAACAAACGUAAUUUUAAGAAAUUCAGGCACUGCAAUGGAGUAUGAUGAAGUAGAAGUCUUGUUGCCACCGCCGCCACUACUGCCGCCGCCGCCACCUCCAUCAAAUCCAACCCUAAAAGGAAUAUCAACCUUAUACAAGAAGACAGAUCUUCACCAGAUAGUGUUUUGUAUUGCGGCCUCUGCAAAAAUUUGGGAUAGGAGAAAGGAGUUCAUCAAGUUAUGGUGGAGACCGGGCGAGAUGCGGGGUGUAGUUUGGUUAGAUGAGCCAGUUGAAAUUAGUGUAGAAGAGGAGAAACUCCUGCCUCAAUUGAAAAUCUCAAGCGACACUUCGAAAUUCAAGUACAAGCACCCGAAAGGUGAUCGGUCUGCGAUACGAAUAUCGAGGAUAGUGUCAGAGACAUUCAGAUUAGGGAUGAAGGAUGUGAGGUGGUUUGUGAUGUGUGAUGAUGAUACACAUUUUAUUGUUGAUAAUUUGAUGAGGGUUUUGGAUAAGUAUGAUCACAAUGAGUUUCAUUAUAUAGGGAGUUCAUCGGAGAGUCACUUGCAGAACAUAAAGGAAUUCUCGUAUGCCAUGGCUUAUGGUGGUGCUGGUUUUGCUAUAAGUUACCCGUUAGCGGAAGCGUUGGCUAGAAUGCAAGAUAAGUGUAUUAGGAGGUACCCAAGUUUGUAUGGCUCCGAUGAUCGUGUUCAUGCUUGUAUGACUGAGCUUGGCGUUCCUCUCACCAAAGAACCUGGAUUUCACCAGUUCGAUUUGUAUGGCAACGCAUUCGGGCUACUGGCAGCGCAUCCAAUAGCGCCUCUUGUGUCUCUUCACCAUCUAGACAUAAUCGAUCCAAUAUUCCCCGGCGUGGACAAGGUCGAAGCCUUAAAACGGCUCAAGGCCCCGAUGAAGCUCGACUCCGCCGCCUUACUCCAACAAUCAAUUUGCUACGACAAGUCUCGAACUUGGACCAUAUCCGUCUCAUGGGGCUACGCGGUUCAAAUAAUUCGAGGCAUAACGUUGCCUCGAGAAGUCGAAAAACCCUUACGAACAUUCCGCAACUGGUACCCAAAAGCCGAUUACACCAAGCUCUCCUUCAAUACUCGCGAGGUUCCUCGUAAUUCGUGUCGCGCACCGUUUAUUUAUCUGUUGACGAAUGCAGUGUAUAAUUCAAAGAAAAAUGAGACUGCAAGUGAGUAUGUGAGGAAUGGAGUAGUUAAUCGGCGGUGUAGAGGAAAGAAAGCAGCAGAUCGUUCUGAAAUAGUUCGAGUGGAGGUUUAUAAGAAGCCGAAUCCAUCUCUUUGGGACAAGAAUCGAAGAAGAAAUUGUUGCAGGGUAUUGCCUACAGAGAAGAAAGAUACCUUAGUUGUUGACGUAGGUGAGUGUAGAAAAAAUGAGAUUAUUGGAAAGCAAUGACUAAAUUUUCAAUUGGUA